AUCCACCCGCUGGAAUCCCCUGCUGCUGACAAGGUGCCAGGGGGCAGAGAGAAGAAUCUAUUCUCCUUUCGGUUCCCCCUUCCCUCCCUCCCUUAUCUGAUCUGUUCGUCCCAGAGCAGCGCAGGAAUACACAAGGGAAAAUCUGGGAGCUGGAGACCCAGCCAAGGAGCACCUGAUCCAGGCGGCGAGCUCAGCAUGGGGGCUUCUCAUGGAAAGAAAAAGGCAUAUAACAUCGAGCAGCAGAGUGUGAAAAGUGAAAAGCACAUGAAUGGCAAGGCCUCAGCAUAUGCAGAUAUCCAAUGGGAACAGCCUCAUCAACCUGAAAUAACAUAUAAUGACCCACUGCGAUGCCCACGCAGGAAUAUCCUCCCUGUGGCCAGCUAUGCCCCUCAUCCUGAUUAUGCACAAGGGGACGAUGAUCUCAUCAAGCCCAAAAAGCUGAUUAAUCCAGUCAAAGCUUCUAAAAGCCACCAGGAGCUUCACCGAGAGCUGCUCAUGAACCACAAACGGGGUGUGGAGAAUAAACCAGAACUCCAGCGUGUAUUGGAGCAAAGGAAGAGAGAGCAGAUGAUCAAACAGAGAAAGCAGGAGGAGGAGGCUCGGAAGAAGAUCUCACCUCUGGAGCAAGAGCUUCUCAAGAGGCACAAACAACUAGAGGAGUUGGAGCAGGAGCAGGAACGUCAGGAGGAGUGCUCUCGCAGUGCUCCUGAAUUCAUCAAGGUCAAGGAGAACCUGCGCAGAACGUCGCUCAUGAGCACUGGAGAGAAAGAGGUGUAGAGGACGAGACGAGAGCUUCUUUCUCACUCUUUCUGUCUUUCUCACUUUCUCUGUCUUACACAAAUAUAUCUUCCUGCUGGACAAAACUUGUGUCUCCAGAACUGUAAUGUCAACAUGGAAGACAGAAGAUGGAGUUCCAAAGCUGAAAAAAGGACAUAAUUUGAGAUUGUCUUGAUGGAUUCAGACUUUUUCUGCAAGUCUUUUAUUCUGAGACAGAUGUGGUGGCUGGAGAUGAACGUUCUGAUUACGUUGUUUUUCUCUGCAGAGGCACCAGAGCAUCUUUUAACUUCUAACUUCAGAUCUUUAUUAAGUAUACAAUCAGUAUUAAUGCAUAUCAUUGGAUUCCCAACUGCCAAGUGCACUGCACAUCCCAGACAUUUGAGGAAUCGAUGGCUGAAAUACAAUGUUUUUUUUUCCUGAUGUAUAACAAUCAGCACAAGUCACUUUUGUUCAUAAAUGGAAUGAAUAACAUUUCUCACUUCUGAUGUGAAUAUAUCUACAAGGCUGCAUGUGCGUGCAAGACGUCUGCUAAAAUCCGACUGUAUCUUAAUUAUACUGUGAGACCACAAAGAAUCAGUGACAGCAGACCUGCCUACCUGGAAGAGGAGUAUUGCGUAGUCUCACAAAAGGAAUGGGAAGUAAAAAUGCAGUAAAAAAAAUAAUAACAGUACGUUUUAAAUAUAGUCGUUUAUCCAAAUUGCUUGUCUAAUUUCCCUCAGAGAAACUGUGAAAUGGUUCCAUGGUUCCAUCUGCUGAUCAAACUGAUAAAUGUGUCUGAGCGCUGAUCAUUACCAUUUAAAUUAUUUUAGAAAUGUUAGGUUUGACAUUUUUUUCUGACAAAUUUUUUGCCCAUUUUUCUCUUUCAACCAAAAACCAAAAGUGCCGUUUUUUGACCAUUUUCCAAAGUCAGGUUGAGAAAAGCGAAGAGCACAGGCAAAAACAUUACUAAUGUGGGAAAGAGGCCGGGGCUUCCAAGGAGUGUCAGUUAAUAUUGGAGAGUUCAAAACACUUACGCAACUGUCUAUCAUAACAGACUCAUAUGUUGGUCUGCUCAUCUAUACUUCUCUUUUUGCAUAUUUUUGAGUGAUAACUCAUACUUUCGUACUAUCGUAUGAUGUUACAAUGUGAAUCUCCUCCUCAAAAUGCGUAAAGGUUGGCAGGUCUGUGAUGGUCUUAACCCAGGAUUUUUUUCGAGAUAGGUGUGUUGUGAUGCCUAAAUGUCUCUGCUCUUUUUUCCGUGCCUUUGUGAGAGCUACAGAACAGACCUUGCAGGCAGAGCGCCUGACUGUUGCUGCAUUUCAAUAUAUCACUAUAUGUACUCUGCAUCAUCAUAGUUAUGUGACAUAUAAGUUAAUGAUGUAUCACAUAACAGCAUGGAGUGUGUGUGCGUGUGUGUGUGUCUGUGUGAGAGAGGGGGAGUGCAAGAACUGUCUAUUAAAAUCACAUAAUAGGAUAAUCAGGAAGCAAAUUCGCAAUCUAGAUUAAACUGACAACAACUUUAUAUUUACAUAUACAGAAAUCAUUCACUAUAAAGAUUUUAUUUCUUUAUUAAUUUUUCCUGAUUUUUAGUGACACCUGAGAUCAUUUAGAAAAGAAACACGGAAAUUAUAUUUGGAUAUAUUUUUGCUUUUACUAGUUUCUAAAGGCAUAUAGAAUAACAAAAAAAAUUACAGAUCAAUAACAAUCAAUAUUAAAAUCAUGUUUUUUUCAAAUUAUACUUAUUAUGCUUUUAUGUUGAAAAUAUUGGUUCAUCAAACACCAUACACUGACUUUUUUGUUCUGGACCAUUUCAGUCCAUUUAAAUAAUCAAAUCAAUGACAAUUUGAUUGUCAAAUGAAGGCACAUAGACUAAUUCACAAUCUUGUAAUAUAGUGACAAAAGUGUUAUUACUUUAUAUAAAAUAAACUAAAAGUAAUACUAUAACACAGGGUGUUCCCAUUUUUAUUCAAUUUUUUAAAGAUGAAAACUUGUUCCUCUAAUAGCUGGAAGAAACUACACACUAAAGUGUUCCAUUGAGUCACACCAGCUAUUUCACAAUGUGCUAUCGAGUUCGGCUGCACUCUUAACUGCUCUCUUUAAAGACUGCCAGGCAUCCAGACCUCAGUGCAAGACUUGAGAAUCACAGCUUCCUGCACGGGGAAUUUCACAAACCUCACAAGUGAAACCAUAGAGAAUAAUGGGCUUGUAAGAGUCAUCACAAGCAGCAGCCUCAGUAGACACUGCAAACAAACACCGGCAAGAGUGUUACGCCUGGCACAUCCCAGAUUCCUGUAGAGGGGUUAUCAUGGUCAGUUUCAUCCUAAUGGCUCUUCGAUGGACUGUUUUUCUUCCAUGGAAUGCCUCCAUCUUUGCCUCCUGUCCAGCUUCUCGAUGACUUCUUAAUUAGAGGUGCAGGUAACACUACACCCCGAAAUCACAAGACCCUUUGUCCAUGCAACCACUCUAUCCACCUUCAAUCUGUAUAAUCCCGAAAAAUCUUCAGGAUCUGAUUUGUAGUGCUCU